UCAAAAAAAAAAAAAAAAAAAACAUCGUUGUGUCAAUGUCUACUGAUAUUCAUGGUCAAGUGGUGAAUAUUGUAUUUGGAGUCAUUGACUUUCGUGUGGAUUGUUUUGGUGUGGCCAGUUUACCUGUGCUCGAUACCAUGUUUGCUCUGUUCAUCCACUAUCUCUACAAAUCAGCAUUAGGAACUAACCAUGUCCAGAUCAGUUGGCUUCAAGGGUUUUUUACCACUAUUGUCAUGGCUUCAGGUGGUGGUUGUACAGUUGCUCUUUUACGUGGACAACCUUUAGGAAUUCUGAGCAGUAACGAAUUUUGGAUCAUUCAUGGCUUGACAUAUUUCUUGAUAUUUUCCAAUGAUUACUUCUACCUAUUGAUGCAAACAUUGUUUUCAUUACCUUUGGUGGAACAUGCUUUUACGGUAUCGGAUGGAUUUUUACGAACAAUGGCUAUGGUUCAAUUUGGUGUAGAUGGAGUAACAGGUGUAUUGGGGCAUAAAAAAUGGAUGGCACAGUUGAUCUGUGGGAUGUUGGCAGGUUGUGGUGGUGGAUUAUGGAUGGAUGCUUUUCGAUUAUCUGAACCUCAUUGGACCUUUGGAACACCUCAGUUACUUAAAUCUAUAUCAACUGAUAUGAAAAUCACCUUUGCUACUGUUGUCUUUUAUAUGUGUUUAGUGGAUGAUGAUGGAUUACUUUAUCAAACUUUUGGUAUCACUACUCAUUUGGAUCGUAUAGAAGCUCAAGCUUGGUCUGCCAUUAUAUUGACUCUGGGCUUAAUCAUCAACACCAAAAUCACUUUUUGGCAAUCAUCCUUUUAUCGGGCACAAAUCGAAGACACAAAGAAAACGAAUUAAAUUUUGAAAUAUAGAUUGUAAUAUGUUUAGUAUAGGUUAUUAUUAUUAUUUUGUAUUUUUAUAUGUAUUCCUCGAGAAAUAAAAUCUUGCUGCGGCAUUUAAAUUGUA